UGAAAAAGUAAUGUACAAAAACCCGCACACAAACCUGAGUUUUCCAUCGCAGAAAGCAGAUCCUAAGCUUAAAAUUAAACAUGAAAAGGUAUCUGAUUCUCGUCAUCUGUCUUAGCCUUGCAUUAGGCCAAGAACCGACGCUACCGCCAGAACCAACAAGUCCACCAUCUCCAUCAAAACAUCCUUUUAAGGUAGACAUUUUUUUAGCUUAGAGUUCCUAUAAGACCAAAGAGUGGAAAGAUAUAGACUAAAAUAGGGGUAGUUUAUCAAGAAUUGUGGUGGUGUACAAUAAUAGUAUAGAAGUACCUCAAAGUAGCAAAUGCCAUAUAGUGCUUCAAGUUUCUUGGCCCCUGAGCUGAAAUAAUAACCAAGUGUUAUCAGUAAUCUUUUUCCUACUAGGAACUCUAAAAGAAAGAUUUCCGAAAUUUUUCCAACUAAUGCUCAUUUUUGGCCUUUUUAAGUAACUUAAGAAUUUAACUCGAAAACUUUGGCCCACUUUUUCAAGUCACAAUCUGUUUUCCAUCCUCGCCAGCGAAUCUCAAAGUCAUUCACUCAUAGUUGAGGCAUAGUAGUAAAGAAGUUUUACCCAAAGCGGAACCAUUGGUUCAGGGUUUUCUUUGAUUCCAUUGUGUUUUUAGGGAAGUUUUUGGUAUUACUUGAAUAUAUUUCGAGACAUAGCCCCUGUAACUGGGCAUCGUGAACCAGUCCUUGUCCAAACCUUUUUGUUCUAUGGUUCUCGACAAGCGUGGUGCUGGACAAAAAUUCGGCAUUCUUUGUUUACAAUAAUUGUUUCUUUGCUUUUGUUAUUAUCUUUCUGGCCAGCACUGCCUCGAAACUUAUAAUCAAUGCGUACAAGAAGCUGGUUCAGAAUGGAAGCCUCAACAAGCCUGCUUUCUGGGAUUCUAUAAAUGCCAGAAUAAAUACACGGUAAGUAUUUGAGGGAAAUAUCGUCACUGUUGUAUUCUUUGCAUUUUGUUUGUUUGUUUCUAGGCUGCAGGCUUUUUUUUGUGCUCCAUGCUGCAAGGAAGUAGCAAACAGCUACAAAAGGCCGUGCCUGUAAAUUUUAUCUCCGUUCCAAUCACCCAAGGACCUUCUUUUUUGGAAAAUGAUAUGAAAAAAGACACUACAAAGAUGAUUGUCUCAUUUUUUAUUAUUUCAUUUUCUUCUUUUGUUUUGUGUUCAUUGUCUUUGAAAGAUGCGUGCUAACACUACAACUUUUUACGUUUUACUAUCUCCAUUUAACCAACGUUUGCAUAACAUGUCACUUCGCUUAGACAGUAGAAAGCCAAUUUAUUCUUGACUUCGGCAGUACAGGAAUCUGAAUCGGAGUUAACCUGAGAUCAGGCCCAAUUUUAGCAGUUCUCAUACAUUCUCUCUUACGUGUUCCCGCUACCCGCCGGAAUGUUAUGUACAAAGCGAAACGAAAAUAGAGCCUGAUCUCAAGUUGUGGCGGAGUGAGAUCCGUAAGUGAGGGACCCGCUCAUUCAGUACCUAAGAUAUAACGGGGGGGUCAAGGGGGAGCAAGCCUCAAAAACAACCCCUUAAAAUAAUCCGCCACUGGAAAUUACCACGUAUUGAAUACGAUAAUCCUACGGCUUUUGAUUGUCAUUAUUUUUUUGCCCGUUCGACUGACGCAGGGUAAUAUGUAACACGUUUAGAGCAUGACCGAUGUUAGAGCAUGACCUUUGUUAUGUGAAUCUAGCCGAUUUUUUGAAAACCGGCAAAAGUAACCAAACGAAAUUUGCAGCGAAAUUUGAGCGAAAGGGCGUCAAAAGGUAGGUUUCUUAAACCCGCGAAGUUACAAAAUGAUAGUAACGAUGGAAAAAGAUAGGAGAAAAAACAAGAGCGAGGAGCCGGAAGGAAAGGAGGAGAAGAGGAAAAAACAAUGGCUGCUCUCUUAGCUUUUAUAAUAGCUACAUAGGAGAGCUUUUGACGGAAAAAAACUCUUGGACGCAAAAGGUCCCUGAUUUGGCGAUAACGUUAUCAAAACUCGGGCUAGGAAUACAUAUUCGUAAGUUCUUGAAUAUUUAAAAUUCAGUUUAAACUUUACUUUACAGGCAGAAUGCAGAAAAAUUUACAAAAACAAUGGAUGUUACCAGGCUCUUGGAAGAGAUGAAUGUAUGAAGAAACUACGUGCCUGUUAUGGAUCCAGCUGA